UAAAAAACAAAACCACAUUAACAGAGUAUUCACACCUUUCAAGCGGAGGGAGGGGUAAAAACAUAUAUUAACAAAAUAGAAGAAUUGAAAAUUCGGCCAUGGACAACAUCCUCUCGCGAUUUUUUCACAUCUACAACAGCUGGCUCGAUGGCUUCAAAGGGGAAAUCUACAAGGAAUGGAUGUCGGAGCACCUCGAGGUUCCCGUGUUUGUUACCAUCCUCUAUCUUGUGAUCGUCCUCUAUGUCCCUGAGCACGUGAUGAAACACCGUAGGCCGUUUAACCUGAUUCACCUCAACCGCGCCUGGAAUCUCCUGCUGACGGUGUACUCCGUAAUGGGGGUUUACUACACGGGGAUUCGUUUAUUCGAAAUGUUUUACAGCGCCGCCGCCUCGCACUCACCCAUGCGCGCGGAUACGGUAUUGGGAACAGCAAAGCAAAUCUCCGAGGCUUGGUACCCCGUCGUGUGUGUGUGGAACGAGGAUAAAUUCUUCAACGGCCCGGUUGGCUUUUUCGUCCUGUCGUUUAUCCUCAGCAAGCUGUUUGAGACGAUUGACACUGUCUUUUUAGUUGCGCAAAAGAAGUCCUUCAUCUUCUUGCACUGGUAUCACCACGUCACCGUGAUGCUCUACGGCUGGCAUGCCUACACUAACAAGAUCAGCAGCGGGCUCGUCUUCGCGGUGAUGAACUACGCCGUGCACAGCGUGAUGUACUUUUACUACUUUCUCUGCGCAUGCGGACUCCGCCGCUAUAUUCGCCCCAUCGCGCCGCUAAUCACCUUUCUUCAGAUCCUCCAGAUGGUGCUAGGCGUCAUCAUCGAGCUCGCUACGUACUACCUUUCCACCUACUCUGCGAGAGGGUGUGAUGUGAGUCGGCAGAAUAGCCGUCUAGGACUGGUGAUGUAUCUUUCCUACCUCGCCCUCUUUGUGAAGCUGUUUUACGAAAACUACCUCUGCAGGGCGAAGGAUCCCGUGAAGGACCCAACGACAAAUGGGAGCCCACGAGUCCCACGGAAGAACGGGCACUUGUCGAUCCCCUCAAAUGGAAAGAUAAAGGGAGGAGUGGCAAACAAGAAAAAUGCGUGA